AUGGCAGCCAUUGCAUCGUCCUCCGCUCUGCGCGUUCCCGCUGCUCUGUCCGCCAAGACCCAGCAGCGCAAUGGCAGCAGCUUCGUCUCCGGUCAGCCCCUCCGGUUCGCCUCCUCGGCUAUCUCCCGCCUCACCAUGUCUGCUGAGGCUCCCGCUGGAUUCACCCCCCCAGAGCUGAAGGGCGACGUUCCGUCCCCGAUCUUCGGCGGCAGCACUGGUGGCCUGCUCAGGAAGGCCCAGGAUGAGGAGUUUUACGUGAUCACGUGGGAGUCGAAGAAGGAGCAGGUGUUCGAGAUGCCUACUGGUGGCGCUGCUACCAUGAGAGCCGGUGAGAACUCGCUGAAACUGGCCAGAAAGGAGCAAUGCCUGGCCCUUGGUACGCAACUGAGGACCAAGUUCAAGAUUAACUACCAGUUCUACAGGGUGUUCCCCAGCGGCGAGGUGCAGUACCUGCACCCUAAGGAUGGUGUGUACCCUGAGAAGGUGAACGCUGUCAUACUUGUCGAUUAA